GCUCGGCUCGUUGACAGCCCUUCACGGGCGCGGCUGCUCGGUCCUAGCUGCCGCAGUCCGUCCCAUCCACCUCGUCCACCGGCCGCUGUUUUCGGUUACGACUGCGGCGCUGCCCGUCGGGCGAGUCGGCCUCCUUCCGCCGUCCGCCGUCUUGGCUUCUCCAACCACUCAUCUUUUGCCUGUUCACUUGUUCAGGGUUUGCGGGACGAAUAAGCCACAGGGGCGAACCGGGAUCAUGGGGGAGGCAGGCACCGGGAAGGAGGAGGCCACGAGGACAGGCCUGGAAGGCACUGGCCUGCCGCUCCAAGGCGGCUCCCAUGGCAACCUUCGCAGCGCCGGCAGCGACCAGCAACUGAGGCAGAUAUUCGAUUCCCUUAAAUCCUCCAAGGCUCCCGCUGUGAUCAACUAUGGUGCCUCAUGGUGCCGUGUUUGCAGUCAGAUUCUUCCAUCCUUCUGCAAGUUGAGCAAUGAAUUCAAGAAUCUUACUUUCAUCUAUGCAGACAUUGAUGAAUGCCCUGAAACAACACAAAACAUACGCUACACUCCAACCUUCCAUUUCUAUCGAGACGGAGAAAGGGUUGAUGAGAUGCUUGGUACAGGAGAAGAGAGAUUACAUGAUCGGUUAUGGUUGCAUUCUUGAUGGCUAUCUGUCACUGGCAUCCACUUCCAUUGUUUUCACGAACGAUUUAUGCAGAAUGCAAAUUCAUGUAUUUUCUUCAUUUCUGUAACUACUAAAAGAGUUCUGUUGUCAAACCCAGUCAUUUGGAGAACGUAGUCUGUAUUUGUUGUCCAUGGCCAUGUUUACUCUAUGAAGCAUAUAAGACUUGCUAAACCUGUGUGGCUCU